AUGGCGAACGCGGCAUCUGGCAUGUCGGUGCACGAUGACUGCAAGCUGAGGUUCUUGGAGUUGAAGGCGAAGAGGAACUACAGAUUCAUAAUUUUCAAGAUCGAGGAGAAAAUCCAUCAGGUCGUGAUUGAGAAGCUCGGCCAGCCUGGCGAAAGCUACGAUGACUUUGCCGCCAGCCUUCCCGAAAACGAGUGCCGAUAUGCUGUCUUUGACUUUGACUUCACGACCGACGAGAACUGCCAGAAAAGCAAAAUAUUCUUCAUUGCUUGGUCACCUGAUGCAUCAAGAAUAAGGAGUAAGAUGGUGUAUGCAAGUUCAAAGGAUAGGUUUAAGAGGGAACUCGACGGUAUUCAAGUCGAGCUACAAGCAACAGAUCCAAGUGAGAUGAGCAUCGACAUUAUCAAGUCUCGUGCGCUUUAA